UUGUGGUGUGACAGCGGACGCACGUCUUUACAGACAAUUAAAAAAUUGAUCGAUAAAUUUUUGUGUGGAAAAAAAAUGUCGAGGAAACCGUUUCGGUGUCGUUAAAAAUAUUUAAAUAAAAUAAAAUGUGAAUGUGUGUUUUAUAAAAAAAUACGAAGUUUAUUCUGAUUAUUUUAAGUUUUUAAUUUUCGCGGGCUUUGUAGUCAAGAUGACAAUUCGAAUGUGUUUUAUAUUCCAAAAAUCCAUGUGCCGCAGUGAUGUGCGCCAUUUAUUUUUAUUUUUGGUGUUGCUAGCGAUUUUGGACAGAUUCCCUUCUAUGUGUAAUGGCCAAGACUAUGACAGAGAUUCAAGAAAACUCUUCGGAGGUUACAGAAUAACGCCAUCCUACUGCAAAGCGAGUCGAGCUGCUAAAUUCAACAGAGGGAAUACAAUCUGCAUGUUCAACCAUGAAUGCGUCCAAAGAGGAGGCGAAGUCGUGGGAUCCUGCAUGGACGGAUUCCUCUUCGGAGCGUGCUGCCAACUCAAAUCCGAUAGCCAAUCUCAUAUACCUAAAGGUCCUGGUAUCGUAAUGACCAGCUACUUGGAUUAUCCUGAUGCAGAACCCACUGACGAUUAUGAUGCAGAGCAGCUAAAUGCCUGGCAUAACAGCUUCAAGCCAGUAGUCACUCCAGGCUAUAAACCAUCAGAUAAAACUACAACAGCAAAACCAGCUGAAUAUACGUCUGGAAGUGUAUCUUCUGAGAUUAUAUCUGAAGGCUUCAGUCAGAUAACUAAUACGUUAUUAAACAGCCCACCUAGUGAUAGUAAUUACGCUUAUAUCAAACCCAAACCUGACUAUACACACAGUACUAUAAAUCAUGCUGGAGCAGAUACUAUACUGAUCCAUGCAAAUGGAACUAUUGUUGAUGAUGUUGCUAGACCUUCAGAUUUCAGUGUACAAAUAUCGUCUAUGCAAACAAAGCCGACAGUUGCGCCAUUGACAAGUUCAUCUCCCCCACCUAAAGUAGGCUCAACACAUCGUCCAAUGAAACCUGUAUUCAAACCUAAACCAAUUAAGACGUCGACGGAAAAUUACGUCAUGGUUUCAACAAUUACUAAAGACACUCAAAAGCCAGAUUUACCACCCAUCGUCGAAACGUCACCAAAUAUAAAAGAUGUGACUUCUCCCGCAACAUUUGAAGUUUUAGAGACAAAGUCAUCACCGUAUCCAGAUUCGACAUCAUCACCUGUAUCACUCAGCACGCACUAUAUGUCUACAGGGCAUUACGUUACCUUGAAACCUUCUUCAUACUCUAGCAGUCCAGUGUACUCUUCUACUGUAGGUUAUUCAAGUUUAAAACCUUACAGUACUAAAAAGCCUCACUUUACAACAGCAAAUAGCAUACUAGAGGAAGAUAAAGUAACUUUCAAACCAUUCUAUUCGUCUAGUCCCUCAUCCACCAGCCAAGCUAUAGAAGCGUUUAACAAAUAUCCCACAGACCCCAAUGAUUUUGGUGAUAAGAUAACCACGUUUAGCUAUGUUACUUCAACUACGACUUCAAAGCCGACUACCACGACUAAGAAGCCGCCAUCAACUAGUUACGUAACAGCUUCUAAGCCCAUGCAAAGGCCCGCGUCACCAAAUAUACCAAGCUAUGAUCCUCAAGACACAUUCUCCAGUGUGACACCAACAGUGAUAGUUUUAGGCAACGUGCAACCAUCAAAACCUGAAUCUGACGAAAUCAAGGAACCCCAGUUUGUUGAAAUAUCUCAGGAGCCAUUCAAAAAGCCAGUUAGUCAGAUAACGGUUAACAACCACAUAGAAUCAACAAACAAUAUUUAUAUGGGUAAACCACCGCCAUCACCACCUCAAACUUACGAGAGACCAUCUUCCCCUACCGUUAUUAUUACACCAAAACCGGCACCAACGACACCUUUCCCUAAUAAGGGAUCGACACGACCAGUUCCAACUACUACGACUGGCUUUGAUCCCGAAUAUUACUUCCCGACGACUUCAAAGCCGGAGAUUCAAACUUCGCCUGAUGACUUGAUUAAUUUCCCACCGGUGAGAAAUCCUAUGCUUAACGCCACUGGGUCUAAUACAGCUUUGUAUAAUACAAGUAUAGCUCUGUCCGACAACGAAUUAGAUCUUCUCCAUGACGUAGAAUUUACAACUCCGACUUGGCAUGAAGAUGAUAAACUUAAAGACAAAAUGAAUAUUUUCGUCAACAAAAUCGUCAGCAGUCUCCAAGGUACUUUCCAGGAAUUGCACGACAUUGUGAUCUUGGACAAAAAGCAAAAUGUAACCGUUAAUUCUGCGACCACGCAAAAGCCAAAACGGACUUUGGCAACGACUAGAAGACCAGCUGUGACGACAAAAAAGCCGACAAGAUUGACGACUACGACUAGAAAGCCGCCGGUAAGGACGACGAAGAAACCAACCAGGCUGACUACUCCAGCUAAAAGAACAACCACCCCAGCUCCUACUACAACAACAAAAAAGCCAGUGACGACUACAAAGAAACCAAAGCCCCCAAAAAGGACGACUACUACCACCCCGACGCCGACUUCAACGGUCCUAGCUGAUGAAAUAACCACGGAGAACUUUAAUGACGAAGUUAUUGAUUAUGAAGAUAAAAACUUGUGCGGAGUUCGGCCGUUUAUAAAAUCCAGUCGUAUAGUGGGAGGGAAGAAUGCUCGCUUUGCCGAGUGGCCCUGGCAGGUGUUGGUGAGGGAGUCGACGUGGCUUGGCCUCUUCAUCAAGAACAAGUGCGGCGGAGUGCUGAUUACUAACAGAUAUGUCACCACGGCCGCUCAUUGCCAACCCGGAUUCCUGGCCUCCCUAGUAGUGGUGUUCGGAGAGAACGAUAUUUCGACCGACAAGGAGCCGAAGCACCCUGUGUCCAGGAACGUGCGCCGCGUAAUAGUCCACCAAGACUACAACGUCAAGACCUUCGAGAAUGAUCUAGCGCUGUUGGAGUUGGAAUCCCCUAUUAAAUUUGACGCACAUAUUGUGCCUAUCUGUAUGCCGCCGGACUCGGCGGACUUCACUGGCCGCGUCGCUACCGUCACUGGAUGGGGACGAAUCAAAUACGGUGGUGGAGUACCGACUGUCCUACAAGAAGUACAGGUACCGGUUAUAGAAAACGAGGCGUGUCAAGAGAUGUUCUUCACGGCAGGACAUAAGAAGGACAUCCUGCCGUCCUUCCUCUGCGCUGGAUAUGCGAACGGAGAGAAAGACUCCUGUGAGGGUGACAGUGGCGGUCCGCUAGUGAUGCAAAGGGGUGACGGGAAGUGGGAACUUGUAGGAACAGUGUCUCACGGUAUAAAAUGUGCUGCACCCUUCAUGCCUGGAAUCUAUAUGAGGACCACCUUCUACAAACCCUGGCUGAAAAAGAUAACUGGAGUUAAGGGAUAGAUAGAAUAUUCGGAGUAGUGGUAAAUAUUACAAAAUGGCGGACAAAGUAAAACGAUUUUGGAAUUGGCAGAUAUACACAUGGUGGUGUAUAUUUUUUUUUUAAAUUGUGUAUAAAAAGAUAGAAUGUUAUAAAAUUAUCUGAUAUGUUAAUAUUUUGGGAUAGGAAUUGAAAACCAAGAUAAGUACUAAUAAGUAAUUAAAGGAAAUACCAAUUUAUUUAGAUUUUUAUGGACUUGUAAUUUGAAUAACUGACUUUUAUGACAAUGUCAUCUUUCAUAUUCUUCGUUUAAAUGUAAGAUUUGGAGUUGAUACUGUAACUAAAAGAAUUAUUUUAAUGUAAAAAAAAUGUUACACUAUGUUAAUUUUAUUAAAAAAAUAUAACAGCUCUCUAUACAUAAAAUAAGUCUCCGAUUCCAAGCGAUAAAUUUCACGCAUAAAAUAACCGCAGCGUUAAACUGCUCAAAUGAAUAUAAACGCAUUUAAAAAUCUUAAAAUAUAGUCUUAAUCGUUUAAAAUACACAUUUACAUUAAUAAUUUUGUAAUUUAUGAAAUAUUUAAUAGUUUAGUCGAGAUUGUAUGUUUCUUUAAAUACGAAAAUAUUGUACCAAUUAAUGCACAAAUCCGACAAUUAAAAUAAAUAUUCCCUAAUUCAUUUACCUAGCCAACAGACUCCGGUUAUUAUGCUGCUCUUAUUUAAUUAGCAAUGAUUUUUAUUUAUUUAUGGUUAAGACUGUAUCUUGUAAUAUACAAAAAUGUAUAUUUGUUAGUGUUAAAAUUUUGUAAAUGAGAUGCAUUUAUUUAUUUAUAAUUAAUACUUAGUUUUUAAGACUGAAUUGUAGAAAUUGUUUGCUAUUUGUAUGAGAGAAUACUUAUUUAUUUUACUUAAUAAGUACAGAUUAAACGGAUCGAAUAAUAAAAUCUAGCCAUUAUUUUAGGCUUAACGAAUUGAAAAUUAAUACAACUUAUCUUAUUGUAAAUAAUAAACGAGUUUUAAAAAACGCAGCGUUUGUAAUGAUGUGGUAUCGCAACCUAAUGUAAAUUUAUUGCUCAACUGCACAUAGUUACUGACACAAAUACCAGCUGAUAUCGGCUCAAUUAAGAUUAAUAUAAAAAAAAUUGUUAAAAGUUAUGCAUUUAUUAAAUGUUUUAAGGAAUUCUUGUUUA